ACGCCGUCGCAGGCAAGCUGAGGAUUUGUCAAGCCGCGCGUCAGUACGCGUCUACGGAGGGGCGGGAGUAGGAAAAUUGAGGCAGUGCUCUAAUUUCCCCUCUCACACAGAUGAUGCAGCUGGGUCAGUGUUAUAUGCCGUAUAUUAUUUCAGAGUCAAAACAGCGGGGAAUGCACAUCAGCAUUUCUGCUUUUUGAAUCUACGUGGAUAAAUCCGGACGCGCAUGAUAGUACGCUAUCAAGGUCCGCUAUUUAUCCAGCGUCCUAUUCGUCUCUUACGACCUUUAUAUAGGGGCUGUUGUCUCUCUCACCUUUCACACUGCUGGCUGAGAGUCACGGGCCCUACUCGUGCACUUUACUGCGGUCAUCUAUCAGCACAGGCGGCUGCGCUUUGUUGGUCAACACGAAUCGGAUCGCAGUGGCGAGGACUCCCUCUGGCGCAUUGAUGCACCCGUUUCAGUGGUGUAACGGGUGCUUUUGUGGCCUGGGACUGGUUUACUACAACAAGUCUUGCACCAUGCCGCCCAUCACCUUCCAGGACCUGCCUCUGAACAUCUACAUGGUCAUCUUCGGGACAGGCAUCUUUGUCUUCAUCCUGAGCCUCAUCUUUUGUUGUUACUUCAUCAGUAAACUAAGACAUCAAGCACAGAGUGAGCGGUUUGGAUACAGAGAGGUAGUUUUAAAAGGAGAUCCAAAAAAGUUGAACCUUCAUGGGCAGACGUGUGCCGUGUGUCUGGAGGACUUCAAAGUGAAAGACGAGCUGGGAGUGUUGCCAUGCCAACAUGCUUUCCACAGGAAGUGUCUGGUAAAGUGGCUGGAAGUGCGCUGCGUCUGCCCUAUGUGCAACAAACCUAUAGCCGGUCCUCCUGAGCAGCACCACAGCAUAGGGACUCUGCUGGAUGAACUGGUGUAACCUCUAAACACCUGCCAUCCUGGGUAGGACACGAACUCCAGGCUAAACCAGCUGGUAUAACUUAGUGACAAAGGGGCAGACACUGUUGUUU